AUGGUUGAUUAAGCACGUAAAUACUCUGUCCUCCUGCCUACCUACAACGAGAGAGAAAACCUCCCUCUAAUCAUUUGGCUUCUUAUGAAAACAGCAACAGAAGAAAAACUUAACAUGGAGGUCGUGAUUGUAGAUGAUAACUCUCCAGAUGGUACACAAAGUGUGGUCAAGGACCUGCAGCGCAUAUAUGGUGAGGACAAGAUCAAGUUGCAUGCCAGACCAGGCAAGAUGGGUCUGGGGAGUGCUUAUAUUGACGGUCUUUCCAAGUGUACCGGCAACUUCGUGAUUCUUAUGGAUGCUGAUCUCUCUCAUCAUUUCAUCCCCGAGUUCAUCAAGAGGCAAAAAGAGACUAAUGCAGAUAUAGUUACUGGCACUAGAUAUCUUCCUGGUGGAGGAGUCUAUGGUUGGGACUUGAACCGUAAACUGACGUCAAGAGUAGCUAACUUCAUUGCCAGCACAAUCCUAAACCCAAAGGCUUCAGAUUUGACAGGCUCUUUCAGACUGUACAAGAAAGAAGUUCUAGAUAGAAUUAUGCCUUUAGUGAAGAGCAGAGGCUAUGUGUUCCAGAUUGAAAUUAUCGUAAAGGCUCAAUACAUGGGUUAUCAAAUUCAAGAGGUGCCCAUCACAUUCGUUGAUAGAAUUUACGGAGAGAGUAAGCUAGGCGCAAAUGAGAUUGUUAGUUACUUGCAGGGUAUUGUUGACUUAUUUGUUGAUGUUUGA